CGAACGGUUCCAGUCUUCCAGAUUGCUGAUAUGGAGAUCCCCUGUUCCAGAUUGUGAGCUGCGUAUCCCAGCUUCGGCCAUCUUGAAUCGAUCGAUCAUCUCCAACAUUAACUGGCCGAUUGUCCUUUGCGAGAUCAGCUUCCAAUCUACAGGUCGUUCCAUGGAGGGAGUUAAGUACUGCUCUUCCGGGAGAGUAAAGGCGAGGCGGGGCUCUAACGGCAUCAAAAAAGGAACUUUACCUUUUCCCUGUAUUUUGGGUCAAAAAGGAAUUUGGACUUCUGCAAAUCAUUUUCCUCCUCCCUAACAGACCUUAGGCUCUUCCUGUCUGUUGAUUUCUGUCAUGGACUACAUCUAUUGGAUGAGGAGUAUUAGAAGGUGCACAUUCUAACUUCUGAAAAUUUUAAAGGAAAGAUAUUUUUUUGUGACGAAGAAGGAACGAUGAUUAAUGUUUUACUCUUCAAUGGCUUUUUCAACAGGUGUAUGAUUUCUCACAUAGAAGAUUAUGGAUCAUUGGGUGAGUAGACUGUCUUUCUCUGACGACAGACUCGAGUUGCAGAACAAGAUCAUUUUUACCUCCUAAAAAAAUCUAUGGAUAUUACACAGAAAUUUAGUGAUGAGAAUGUACUACCUCUUGCGGUCAUAGAUGCCCCAUCAAAUUCAGAAUAUCCUAAUCGUGCUGCUACGUUGGACUCUCAAGAUGAUCCCGACUAUAAUGCCACGAUCAAGUUCCUUAACCAGAUACUACUGGAGGAUAACAUGGAUGAGAAUGAUCUCAGCAUGUCCUAUGAUCCCAUUGCUCUUAGGGCUGUUGAGAAUUCGUUUUAUAAUGCCCUGUGUCAGAACCCUUCAUCUCCUUAUCAAGGACCUCUAUUUUAUAACAAUAAUUCUGAAAGGUUGCACUGCACAUUUGGCAGCUCAGGCUAUUAUAGCACAACUGGCAGCACCGUUAGCAGUUUUGACACUAGCCAGUGGAUUGUCAAUCCUGAAGGUCCAAAAUCAUCUCUGGCUGGUGAUCCUCCCGAGUACGCUUCCCAUAAAUAUAACACCAAUUCCACUAUAAGAAAGAAGCAUAACCUUCCAGAUAGAAGUGGGUUAGAAGAAGAAAGGAGCAGCAAAUUUUCUGCAGUCUAUGAGGAGGAGGUGAAGGAGGUUGAAUUGUCUGAGAUGUUUGAUAAGGUUUUGAUAUGUGCUGAUAACAUCAUAUCUGAUCGGUUUUCAUCUGCUGUUGGUGGCCGGAAGAGUCGUUCAUUGAAACAAAGAGAUGAUAGUGAGUUUGUAGAUCUGGAGACACUUUUAUUAGGCUGUGCACGGUCUAUUGCUGCUUCUGAUCAUGGGUCUGUAAAAGAAAAAUUGAAGAUGAUCAGGAAGCACUCUUCACGUACCGGUGAUGCCAGUCAAAGGAUGGCUCAUGCAUUUGCGAAUGCUCUUGAGGCACGGCUUAACGGAACAGGCGCACAACUCUCUGAGGCCUUAGCUCCAAAUAAAAUGACAGGUUCUGGGCUCUUAAAAUCCUUCCUGAUAUCAUGGCCAAUCGCAAGAUUAUCAUAUUUCAUUGCAAAUAAAAUGAUUCAGGAAGUAGCUUUGAAUAGUACAUCACUGCAUGUCAUAGAUUUUGGUAUUUUUUAUGGUAUCCAGUGGCCCACUCUCAUCCGCGAUCUUUCUCAAAGACCCGCCGGCCCUCCUAAACUUCGAAUAACUGGAAUUGAAUAUCCCUUAUGUGGUUUUCGCCCAGAACAAAUGGUAGUAGAGACUGGUCGUCGCUUGGCAAAGUAUUGCGAACAGUUUGGCGUUCCAUUUGAGUACAAUGCCAUAACUACAAAGAGUUGGGAGAAAAUUAAAAUUGAAGAUUUGAAGCUUGUGAGGGGUGAGGUUGUUGCUGUUAACUGUGUAUAUCGACUGAAAAAUCUAAUGGAGGGGACAGUUGGGGUCGAUAGCCAUAGGGAUGCAGUUCUGGACUUAAUUUGGGAAAUAACUCCACAUAUAUUUGUGCCGAAUGUGCUCAAUGGAUCUCACAGCUGCGAUAUCUUUCUGUCUCGGUUCCGAGAGGCUUUUUUAUUCUACUCUAAUUAUUUUGAUAUGUUUGAUGCUACUUUACCACGCAAUUGUAGCAGCAGAUUGAGCUUUGAGCAAGAGUUCCUGGGACGCGAAAUUAUGAAUGUUGUUGCUUGUGAGGGAAUGGAAAGAGUAGAGAGGCCAGAAACAUACAAGCAGUGGCAUUUGCGCAUUAUGAAAGCUGGGUUCAAGCCCAUGCCCAUGAACCCGGAUCUUGUGAAGAAGUUAAGAGGCAAGGUGAACGCAAGGUAUCACAAAGAUUUUGUGUUUGAUGAAGAUGGCCAUUGGGUACUGCAAGGAUGGAAAGGUCGGAUUCUUUGGGGUGUUUCCGGUUGGGUGCCUCAUCGGACUCUUUGCAGUUUUGACACUGAAGAAUCAAAAUCAUCUCUGGCUGGUGAUCCUCCCUCUUUCCAUUCAUCAAGUCUAAUGAACUUGGAUGACUAUAACACCGAUUCCACUAGAAGCAAGAAGCAUAACCUUCCAGAUAAAAGUCGGAUAGAAGAAGAAAGGAGCAGCAAAUAUUCCGCAGUUUAUGAUGAAGAGGAGGAGGAGGUUGAAUUGUCUGAGAUGUUUGAUAAGGUUUUGAUAUGUGCUGAUAGUAUCAUAGCUGAUCAGUUUAUAUCUCUAGUUUGCUGCAAGGGAACAAAACAGAACCACCAAGGUGGCAGGAAGAGUCAUUCAAAGACACAUAAAGACAAUACUGAGUUUGUGGAUAUGGAGACGCUUUUAUUAAGCUGUGCACGAUCUAUUGCUGCUCUUGAUCAUGAGUCUGCAAAAGAACAAUUAAGAAAUAUCAGAAAGUACUCAUCGCCAACUGGUGAUGCCUAUCAAAGGAUGGCUCAUGCAUUUGCAAAUGCUCUUGAGGCACGGCUUAAUGGGACAGGCCCACAACUCUCUGAGGGCCUUGCUCCAAAUAAGAUGACUGGGCUAUUAAGAUCCUUCAUGAUAUCUUGGCCAGUCUUAAGAAUAUCAUAUUUCAUUGCUAAUAAAAUAAUUCAGGAAGUAGCUUCAAAGUGUACAUCACUGCAUGUCAUAGAUUUUGGUAUUUAUAAUGGUAUCCAGUGGCCGACUCUUAUCCAUGAUCUUUCAAAAAGACCCACCGGCCCUCCUAAACUUAAAGUAACUGGAAUCGAAUACCCGAUACGUGGUUUUUGCCCAGAACAAUUGGUAGUAGACACUGGUCGUCUCUUGGCAAAGUAUUGCAAACAAUUUGGUGUACCAUUCGAGUACAAUGCCAUAACUUCACAGAAUUGGGAGAAAAUCAAAAUUGAUGAUUUGAAGCUUGUGAGGGGUGAGGUUGUUGCUGUUAACUGUGCGUUCCGGUUGAGAAACCUAAUGGAUGAGACCCUUGGGGAGGACCACCCUAGCCCUAGAGAUGCAGUUCUGAACUUAAUCCGGGAAAUAAAUCCACAAGUUUUCGUACCAAUUGUGCUCAAUGCAACUCACAGUGGCCCUUUGUUUCUGUCUCGGUUCCGAGAGGCUUUUCUAUUCUACUCCAAUUAUUUUGAUAUGAUUGACGCCACUGUGCCACAUGAUGACAGCAGAUUGAGGUUUGAGCAGGAAUUUGCGGGACGCGAAAUAAUGAAUGUCAUUGCUUGUGAGGGAAUGGAAAGAGUAGAGAGGCCUGGAACAUACAAGCAGUGGCAGAUGUGCAUUACAAAAGCUGGGUUCAAUCCAAUGCCCAUGAACCAGGAUCUUGUGAAGAAGUUAAGUGGCAAGGUGAAGGCAGGGUACCACAAAGAUUUUGUGUUUGAUGAAGAUGGCCAUUGGGUACUGCAAGGAUGGAAAGGCCGGACUCUUUGCGGCGUUUCUGGUUGGGUCCCUUGUCGUUAAUGCCCUGAAGAGGACCUGUUUUAUAUAAAUAUGUAUACGUUUGUCUAUUUGAUUAUGGGAAUGCACAUUUUCUCUGUUUUUGUUGUUCUCUAACAUCAAACAUGUUGAUGGAUGAUUUCAAUUAUUUUGUGGCUGUUUCUCUUUUUCCAUUAUCAAAGAAUUUAUUGAAUUUUAGGUGUGUGUAGGGGCUUAACAUUUGUGUAAGGUAUAAUUUGAGCAAGUUGAGUGAAAUGAGAU